UCCACCAUCUUAGAAUCUUAGAGCCUUUUGUUCCUCGAGUCCUCCACCAAUUGAAGAUGUUUGCUCCAUUUUUAUAUCUUGUCUUUAUUUUCAACUUUGGCUCAAAAGCAUCUUCCUCUACAUUAGGAAACCAGACGGAUCAUUUGGCAUUGCUCAAAUUCAAGGAAUCAAUAUCCAGUGACCCAUUUGGAAUCCUAGAAUCAUGGAAUAGUUCUACACACUUCUGCAAGUGGCAUGGAAUUACAUGCAGCCCCAUGUACCAAAGAGUAACAGAGUUGAACUUAACAACAUAUCAGCUGAAUGGAAUCUUGUCACCUCAUGUUGGCAAUCUCUCUUUUCUGCUAAUCCUCGAACUCACAAACAACAACUUCCAUGGAGAUAUCCCACAUGAAUUGGGUCGGUUGUCACUGUUGCAGCAACUCUACCUCACCAAUAACUCAUUUGCAGGAGAGAUUCCUACGAAUUUAACUAGCUGCUUUGAUCUCCAAGCCUUAAAGUUAGCUGGAAAUAUUCUGAUUGGCAAGAUACCACCUGAAAUUCGCUUUCUUCAGAAGCUUCAACUAUUUGGGGUUGCGAGAAACAAUUUAACUGGUCGAGUCUCACCAUUCAUUGGGAAUCUUUCAUCCUUAACGUUUCUAUCGAUAGCUGUUAAUAACUUGAAGGGUAAUAUUCCACAAGAAAUAUGCCGCUUCAAGAACUUGACAUUUUUUAAUGUGGCUGGGAACAAAUUGUCAGGUACAUUUCCUUCUUGUUUUUACAACAUGUCAUCUCUUACUCUGUUCUCAAUUGUAGACAAUCACUUUGAUGGCUCUCUUCCACCCAACAUGUUCCACACUCUCCCCAAUAUCCAAGUUUUUUCAAUUGCAUGGAAUCAAAUCUCAGGUCCAAUCCCGACUUCCAUUGCAAAUGCUACUACCCUUGUACAACUUGAUAUCAGUCAAAACAAUUUGGUCGGACAAGUUCCGAGUCUAGUGAAGCUGCAUGAUCUUUGGUUGAUAAAUUUGGGAAGCAACAAUCUAGGUGGUAAUUCAACUAACAAUUUGUUGUUUUUGAAAUCACUCACAAAUUGUAGUAAGUUGCAAGGUCUAUCCAUAGCCGGAAACAAUUUUGGUGGUCCUUUACCAAAUUCUGUGGGCAGUUUAUCCACCCAACUCAGUCAACUAUGUCUUGGCGGUAAUGACAUAUCAGGAAAAAUUCCCAUGGAAUUAGGAAAUCUUACUAACCUAAUGCUUUUGACCAUGGAAAGUAACCACUUUGAAGGGACUAUUCCGGUUACUUUUGGGAAGUUGCAGAAGAUGCAAGUGUUAGAAUUGAAUGGAAAUAAGGUGCAAGGAGAUAUGCCAGCCUCCAUAGGCAACCUCACUCAGUUGUUUCAUUUGGAUUUAGGACAAAAUAAGUUAGAAGGAAAUAUUCCUUCAAGUAUAGGAAAGUGUCAAAAGUUACAGUACCUAAACCUUUCAGGAAACAACCUUAAAGGAAUCAUACCUAUUGAGGUUUUUAUUCUUUCCUCAUUAACAAACUUGUUGGACUUGUCUCACAACUCACUCAGUGGCAGUCUACCAGAAGAAGUAGGAAGGCUAAAAAAUAUUGAUUGGCUUGAUUUCUCUGAGAAUAAACUAGCAGGUGAUAUUCCAGGAACCAUUGGAGAAUGCAUGAGCUUGGAGUAUCUUUAUUUACAAGGGAAUUCCUUUCAUGGAAUCAUACCACCCUCUCUGGUAUCACUCAAAGGUCUUAGACGUUUAGAUCUUUCACGAAACCGCUUGUCUGGAUCAAUUCCUAAGGAUCUACGAAAUAUUCUCUUUUUGGAAUACUUGAAUGUUUCAUUCAACAUGCUGGAGGGUGAAGUACCAACAAAAGGUGUCUUUCAAAAUGUAAGUGCAUUAGCGGUGACCGGAAACAAAAAGCUCUGUGGAGGUAUUUCAGAGCUGCACCUACUGCCAUGUCUUAUCAAAGGUAUGAAGCAUGCAAAACACCAUAAUUUCAAGUUGAUAGCGGUGGUUGUAAGUGUGGUUACUUUUCUUCUCAUUAUGUCAUUUAUUCUAACCAUCUACUGGAUGAGCAAAAGAAACAAGAAAUCAUCUUCUGAUUCACCAACAAUAGACCAGUUGGUUAAGAUUUCAUACCACGACCUGCAUCAUGGUACUGGUGGGUUCUCAGCUAGAAACUUGAUUGGAUCAGGAAGUUUUGGUUCAGUGUACAUAGGAAAUAUUGUGUCAGAAGAUAAAGAUGUUGCCGUAAAGGUCUUGAACCUUCAAAAGAAGGGAGCUCACAAGAGUUUCAUUGCUGAAUGUAAUGCACUAAAAAAUAUUAGACAUCGGAAUCUGGUUAAGAUCUUAACAUGUUGUUCUAGCUCUGACAACAAAGGUCAAGAAUUUAAAGCUCUAGUUUUCGAGUACAUGAAAAAUGGAAGUUUAGAACAGUGGCUUCAUCCAAGGAGGGGAAGUGUAGAGCUUCAUGAACCACUGGACCUUGAACAAAGAUUAAGUAUCAUCAUUGAUGUUGCUUAUGCUUUACAUUAUCUGCAUCAAGAAUGUGAGCAGGUGGUCCUUCAUUGUGAUAUAAAGCCAAGCAAUGUCCUUCUUGAUGAUGACAUGGUCGCUCAUGUGGGUGAUUUCGGCAUAGCAAGACUUGUUUCUACCGUUGGUGGUGCCGCUCACCAGCAAACUAGUACAAUUGGAUUAAAGGGGACUGUUGGCUAUGUUCCUCCAGAGUAUGGAAUGGGCUCUGGAGUUUCCACAUAUGGUGACAUGUAUAGCCUCGGAAUUCUUAUAUUGGAAAUGCUUACCGCAAGAAGACCUACAGAUGAAUUGUUUGAAGACAGUCAAAAUCUGCAUAAGUUUGUUGGAAUUUCAUUUCCUGAUAAUCUUUUACAGAUUUUAGACCCACCUCUUGUACCAAGAGAUGAGGAAACAGUAAUAGAAGAAAACAAUAGGAAUCUUGUUACAACAGCUAAGAAGUGCUUAGUCUCACUUUUUAGGAUUGGACUUGCUUGUUCAGUGGAAUCACCAAAAGAAAGAAUGAAUAUAUUGGAUGUCACUAGAGAGCUAAACAUAAUUAGAGAGGCAUUUCUUGCUGGUGAUUACUCUCUUGAGUAAUUAAAGCUGAAAUCAAAUGCUGCAGUCAACUGGGAAAAAGAUGUGUAUGCAGUGUGAUGAGAUGAUAUAGCUGAGAAUACUUUAUAGCGUUUGUUUAUGAGAUAUAGACAUGGCAAACUUCAAUAUGAAAUACAAAUUAGUGAGUGCAAAUUAUAUAGGCCAUAAUAAGUGUGCACUACCACUGUAUAAGUUGCUGUGCCUACAAAUGCUUCACAAAGACUUUUAUUCAGUCUCUCUUUUCUUGGGGAUUUCACAAUUCAAACUCCAAGUCUUAUGCCAACUUAUGUACUUUUAUUCAAUGUUUAUAAACAAGUGUGUUAAUGUACUUGGAAUUUAGUUGCAUAUUACUCUGACUGAUCAAAAGGACUGAACAAAAUUGGCAUGAUGUGAAUGCUACCCAGACUAAUUUGUUGUCA